AUGUAUCUCUUCAAAAUAUCGAAACAAAGUAUAUCAACAAUAGUGAUUGAAGUUUGUCAAGUUCUCAACGAAGCAUUAAAAGACCAAGUACAGAUGCCCACUACAAUAGAAGGAUGGCUUCAAAGUGCUCAAGAGUUCGAAAAACAAUGGAAUUAUCCUCAUUGCUUGGCCUCUAUGGAUGGGAAACAUGUUAUGUUACAGGCACCCAUAAAUAGUGGCAGCGAAUAUUACAAUUAUAAAUCAUUCUUUAGCAUUGUCCUCUUUGCUCUUGUGGAUGCAAAUUAUAAUUUUCUCUUUGCUGAUGUUGGUUCGCAAGGUCGUAUAUCUGAUGGGGAAAUAUUUAAGAAUAGUGUAUUAUGGGAAAAAAUACAAGAAAACAGCCUAUGUCUUCUGAAAGCAAAAGCACUUCCUGGACGAGAAAAACAUGUACCCUAUGUUAUGCUAGGUGAUGAAGCAUUUACACUGCAUGAAAAUGUAAUGAAACCUUAUUCUGGAGUCUACGAAUUAAAGGGUCAAAAGAAAGAAUAUUCAACUACCGCUUAUCAAGGGCACGGCGUGUAG